GGCGCGUGGAAUACCGGGGGAGAGUCCGAUAUCAAUCGUUGCUGUACAGAACACAUUGUCGAGCGGGGGCGCCGCCGGGUUGGCUAGGCCUGAGUGUAGUUUGUGGUAGCAGCCUCAUCGAUGCGGCGCGUUUUUCCCUCCGUAGCUCUACUGCGAGGGGUGUUGUUGAGUUGUAGGGUUUGUUAGCAGUCUGUGGAUAGCGCGACGUCGGCCCUUGUCUUGGUGUUCGUGCGUUCGUGUUUACCUUCGGUUUUUCUGCAGUGAGUGGAAUACUCCAAAGCCGUGAUAUUGGGGAACAAUUUCGAAGCCUUCAGAGAUACCCGGAUUUGUUUUUGACCACAGUGUUUCUAAUCUCAUUCGAUUUAAGGGAUUGCUACAACUGUAUUCAGUGAAAGAAAACCGAUCUUCCUUUCUUUGUGAUGUGGUGCAAUAUUAUAGCAUAACCUAUGCCGGCGAAUCUGUGGAGUACGUUAUAUUCCGUGGAACGCGGAUACAUUUUUUCUUUACUUUUGUGGCGGAGAUGAUACCCCGAAGACGUCCGACAUGAGAUGCGGGGUCGGGGUCUGUGUGUGGGGGAAGGGGGUGGGAGUGGUUUUGCUAGUGGUCAUCUUCAGCAGUCAGGUCCACACGACCUUUACCUGCCCCAAGGACUGCUUCUGUGCUCCACACAGCAAGAAUGUUCAGUGCGCCAACAAAGAGUUCCAGAAGAUCCCCGACGGAAUACCCACCGAAACUCUCGAGUUAAAUCUAAAUGAAAACAAAUUCAAAAACACAGCGUUGACGAGGCGAAACUUUACGGAAUUAUAUAACUUAGAACGUUUGUACAUGAUCGACUGCGGCAUCGAGACCAUUGCGGUGGAGACGUUCGCCGAUCUAGUGCAACUGUCAUGGCUCGAUCUGAGCAAAAACAAUAUCCGGUUCAUCGCGGACUACACAUUCCGAGGUUUGCAUCUAAAGCAUCUGUUCCUCAACGACAACAACGGUAUUCAGCUAUCCAUCGGUGCCUUUGCUGGAAUGACCACUCAAGGACUGUACAUGCACAACUGCGGGCUACGGAGGCUGCCAGUCGACCUGAUGACGCCGCUCAACGGCUCUCUAAAAACUCUGUGGUUGGAUGGUAACAAUUUCGAAGCUUUCAGUGAUAAGUGGCUUUACUUUUUUCAGAAUCUUGCUCACAUUCGCCUUGGAGGCAACUCUUUUCAUUGCAACUGUGAAAUACAUUGGUUUUAUGCCUUUUUCAAAAAGUCGCGAACCUCUUUGUUCGCUGGCCGCGAACAGCCGCAGUGUGCCAGCCCGAGGAUCGUCAAGGGGAAAAACUUUGACGAGCUCACGGACGAGGACUUCCGGUGCGAGUUGCCGACGUUCAAAAACGUCGACGCCGUCUUCGACAGCAAGAUGGGCAAGCUGACGUGCCAGGCGAGCGGUGACCCAGCCCCGACGCUCUACUGGAUCCGCCCCGACGGCACCACGGAGACCUACUACCCCCGCGGUGACCACGAGGGCCAGGAGAACAUGGGGGUCAUGUUCAUGACGGACCUCAAACUAGACAGCAAGGACGCCUACAAGUGCGUGGCUAGCAACCCCGCCGGUAACGUCACUUUCUCUCUCAAUGUCGUCUGGCCAGACAUCCGCCCCCCUCCCCCUCCCACCCCGAAACCGACCAAACCACCAACCCGCGUGAACAACGACAAUGUGAUCAGAGCUGAUUCUAGCAGCACUCCGACCAACAAAAUAUUCAAACCGUACGCCCGGGACGAUUCUGGGGUCUACGAUUUGUCCAACGUCAAUUCUAAAAGCAGCAAAAUGGCAAACUCAGAUAAACCCCAUGAGCCACUGGCGACAGACGGUGAUAAUCACUUCAGUAUAGUGGAUAUUGUCGGGGCUGUUGUAGGAACUUUUCUCUUGACGCUUUUAAUCAGCGUAACACUUUUCCAUUUCUACUAUCGUAGACGAGAGCGUGAGAGGAUGAGGCAAGAUGACCACUACUCCGUGCCUGAUGAAGUCAACAAUAAAAGAGGUCCCAACAGCGUCUUUAUCAUGAACGAAGCGGAAGAGAACAGAAUCAAGAUGAUCAAUCACCACAACAACGCAGAGUGCCCGAGCUGAACAUACUUUCUGUUGAUGAACGGUGUAGUUUUCGUGUUGAAUGUGAAAGGAUUGCUGCCUAUUUGAAUCUGCUGGUGGUUGGUACCAGAUCAAAAAAAGGAUAGAAAGUGUUCCAAGUUCUUCGUUUCGUUCAGAAUGGAUUACUUCUUACAAAGAAUUCUUUCACAGAAUGCUACAAACCUCACCGCAUUGCGGUUGGUAUGGUCGUGGAAGAGAAUGCGUAAUGUUUCAGAGAUUAAUGAUGUGAUAUUCCUCUCAAAGGAUGCGGAUGCCUGGCAGAUGUUAUCAGUGAUAUAAUUCCUCUUAAAACUGACUGUAUUGAGCGUCAAGUUUAUGGAGUAUCCUGGAGAAUCCAAGGUGUGUACCAGAGAGGGUUGGUGUGUACAUAAUACACAAAAAGGCGAGGGGUUGUAAAAGGGCCGUUUUGGAGAUACCAAAUAUGGCAAAGUUCUGAGACAAGAAGUCAGUAAGAGAUUUGCAGAGGGCUUUGGGAUGUCUGAAAAGCUGUUAGUCUACACACGCAAGCUUGGCUCAGACACAACAGGUCUUGGAAAAGCCAUGUAGACUGUACGGGUGUGUGGCUUGUGUUCAAGAUCUGUUGUGAUCUAUAUUUUGUGGGUAUGUGGGUUUUCAGAAACUUUUAGCAUUUUUUUCUGCUUUUCAUUUCCCAUCUAGAUCUAUGGAUUUAAUACAAGUAGAUAAUUCGAGA